GCUUCCUAAUCUUAGGAGGCAUCUCUUAUUCAACUGGAGAAUUCCGGGAUCUGGGCCACACUCCUAAGUAGAUAGCCCAUCCUCAGAGGAGGUGCGGGAGAAAGCCUGAGUAAGAACAAGAGAGACAGGACAGGGUCAGGCCACAAGGUCUCCCUGGGGACAGAGACUGUGGGGAGACAGGGACUGAGGAGAAAGCACAGGAGCUAGAGCUAGGGCCAAAGGAAGAAAGAAAGGAGCCAGCAAAGAGGUAUUUGUGGAGGAGGCUCGGCAGCUGUCUUUCCUAAGACAGGAACAGAUGGGCCUGGUUAUUUCUCUUGUCACAUGUAUAGGACUGGAAGAGGACCAUUGAGCAAUCAAGGGCAGGCUUGCCCACAGAGCUGAGGGGGUUUAGCUCUCCAGGUCCCUGUACCCCCAUAGAAAGAAGUGCACCUGAGCCCAGUCAAUCUGUCUGUCUGUCUUUUUUAAACAGGUUCUCGUUACGUAGCCCUGGCUCACUAGGUAGACCAGGCUAGCCUCAAACUCACCAAGAUCCACUUGCUUCUACCUCCCAAGUGCUGAUAUUAAAGACAUGCUCUGGGCUUAGUCUUAACGUAAUGCAUAUCCCUUCACUCCCCAGGUCCCACAUAUUGUCAAUACUCUUUUUCCUAUAGCAUGACCAUUCUCUGAUAUUGGCAGUACCUACAUUGACAGUUGGGAAGGGGAAAUGCCAGGAAAGACACUCCUCUGGAGCAGGGGAUAUGGAAGGAAAAGCAAGAAAGCCAGAAUGCCAUCAGAUUUCAGCAGCUGGUAUACUGUUUGGGGAAAAGAAAUUUGGAGAGCCAGGAACUGAGACUUCAUCAAUCUAAAACAAGACCUCUCUUUCCAGGGACAAGUGUAUUCUGCCAGGUUUCUCCUGAACUAACCGUUUUCUCCUCUCUCCCAGCCAGAUCCCAAGUUCUCAUGUCCCCAGGACGUGAGACAGCUCUCGCUAUACAAAUCCUCUCUAGACUGCGUGUGGGUGGAGGAGCUGGGCUCCAUUCAUGGACCACGGUUCAGCUGUGGGCUCAAGUCCCAUUAGAUAGGAAAAGAAAUCGUCAUUUCCGGGGCCUUCACCAGGGCUUGGUGGCUCUCUGCUCUCUGAUUGGGCGGAAGUGGCCUGGGCAGGCUUGUGACCCUACUACAGAGGAGGGGCUCUACCCCAACCAGUAUCUUCCUACAUACCUGCUCCCCAGAGUGCUGCCUGCUGUGCAUCUGGGUCCUGAAGCACUUCUCCACCCGGAGAGAUUCCUUGGCCCACCCGUCCCCCACCCUACUCUGUACAGAAGUGCAAAAGCUCAAGCCGCCUCCAUGGCCCCAGGAAAGACUCAGGGGAGAGGCCCCACACAGGGAGCCACGCCAGUCAGACACCCUGGCCAGAAUGGAGCUGACUGAUUUGCUCCUGGUGGCCAUGCUUCUCCUCACCGCAAGACUAACUCUGUCCAGCCCAGUUCCUCCUGCCUGUGACCCCAGACUCCUAAAUAAACUGCUUCGUGACUCCCACCUCCUCCACAGCCGUCUGAGCCAGUGUCCUGACGUCAACCCUUUGCCUAUCCCUGUCCUGCUGCCUGCUGUGGACUUUAGCCUGGGAGAAUGGAAAACCCAGACGGAACAGAGCAAGGCACAGGACAUUCUAGGGGCAGUGUCCCUUCUACUGGAAGGAGUGAUGGCAGCACGAGGACAGUUGGAACCCUCCUGCCUCUCAGUCCUCCUGGGACAGCUUUCCGGGCAGGUUCGCCUCCUCUUGGGGGCCCUGCAGGGCCUCCUAGGAACCCAGGCCCAUCCUCUGCCCUCAGAUCCCUCCACAGGACAGGACCACAGCUCACAAGGACCCCAAUGCCCUCUUCUGGACCUUGCAACAACUGCUUCGGGGAAAGGUGCGCUUCCUGCUGCUGGUAGAAGGUCCCACCCUCUGUGUCAGACGGACCCUGCCCACCACAGCUGUCCCAAGCAGUACCUCCCAACUCCUCACAUUAAACAAGUUCCCAAACAGGACUUCUGGAUUGUUGGAGACAAACUUCAGUGUCAUAGCCAGAACUAUUGGCCCUGGACUUCUGAACAGGCUUCAAGGAUUCAGAGCCAAGAUUAUUCCUGGUCAGCUAAAUCAAACCUCCAGGUCCCCAGACCAAAUCCCUGGAUACCAGAACAGGACACACAGACCUGUGAAUGCAACUCAUGGUCUUUUUGCUGGAACCUCACUUCAGACCCUAGAAGCCUCAGACAUCGUGCCAGGAGCUUUCAACAAAGACUCCCUGCCACUCAACCUCCAGGGUGGACUUCAUCCUUCUCCAAGCCUUGCUCCUGAUGGACACACACUCUUCCCUCCUUCACCUACCUUGCCCACCCAUGGGUCUCCAUCCCAGCUCCACCCCGUUUCCUGACCCUUCCACCACCAUGCCUAACUCUACCGGCCCUCAUCCAGUCGCAAUGUACCCUCAUUCCAGGAAUUUGUCUCAGGAAGCAUAAGGUGUACCGGCACAGUGAGCACCUGCAAUAGCUCUCAGGGACAAGCUUCCCCAGGAAGGCUCUGAGGGACAGCUGUAGCUGCACUAGAUUCCUGCUUUCACCUCAAAGGAAAGGGACACACAGGACACACAGGACAGGACAUUGUGAAAUUUUAGGAGCCUUUUUUAUUUAACCUAUCAGCAAUUUUCAUCAGAGCAGCUAGCUAUCUUUGGUCUAUUUUCUGUAUAAAUUUGAAAAUCACUAAUUCUCUA